AUGCCGGUUGCUGGAGAGAAGGCCAUCGUGUGCGACCAGUGUGGGGCCCAGUUCCAGACCGAGGAGUCCCUUGAGGCGCAUCGGCAGAUCCAUACCGGCUCGGACAUGGCCAUCUUCUGCCUGCUCUGUGGGAAGCGCUUCCAGACGCAGCCGGCCCUGCAGCAGCACAUGGAGGUGCACGCCGGGGUGCGCAGCUACAUCUGCAGCGAGUGCAACCGGACCUUCCCCAGCCACACGGCACUGAAGCGCCACCUGCGCUCUCACACGGCGGGAGACCAUCCGUACGAGUGCGAGUUCUGCGGGAGCUGCUUCCGGGACGAGAGCACGCUGAAGGGGCACAAGCGCAUCCACACCGGAGAGAAGCCCUACGAAUGUAACGGCUGCGGCAAGAAGUUCAGCCUCAAGCACCAGCUGGAGACCCACUACCGCGUGCACACAGGUGAGAAGCCAUUCGAGUGCAAGCUGUGCCACCAGCGAUCCAGGGACUACUCCGCCAUGAUCAAGCACCUGCGCACCCACAACGGCGCGUCGCCCUACCAAUGCACCAUCUGCCUGGAGUACUGCCCCAGCCUGUCCGCCAUGCAGAAGCACAUGAAAGCCCACAAGCCCGAGGACGUUCCCCCAGACUGGCGCAUCGAGAAGACCUACCUGUACCUCUGCUACGUCUGA